AUGGACGCUCAACCACCUUCGUUAGCACAAGUUGAACAAAUUAUAGCACAACUUUAUGGAGGCGUUGUUACUCAGUUUUCUAAGUCGGCGCAAGAAUACUUGCAUAACCUUCAAAAGCAACAUUAUGCUUGGGAAUUAGCGUCUCAAUUAUUGGCUUCUGAGUCAGUUAAUUCUCAAUUCUUCGGGGCACACACUUUUCAAGUUAAAAUAUCAAGAGACUGGCAUACUUUACCUCCUGACCGAAAAGAAUGGGUCCGAAAUGAACUUCUAGGAUGGAUUUUGCGUCUUUCUAAUGGACCAAUGGUCGUUAUUACUAAAUUAUGUCUAGCUCUUACAGCCUUUGCAAUUCAAGCCGUUCCUGAAAUUUGGUCAAACUUCAUAUCAGAUUUUUUUGAUUAUUUACAUACCGGAUCCUUGGCUGUUAGGGCACAAAACCAGGGGCAGGUUCUAUUUAUUGAAUUACCGCUUCUUGAAUUUUUAACAGUUGUUCCUGAGGAGGUUUCAAGAGCUGAUUUAAUAGGAGAAAGAAAAGUAAAAGUCAAUCAGGAACUCAUUGAUUCAAUUCCACGCGUGAUGUCAAUACUGAAGACUAUAUUAUCUAAUCAUCAUGGAUAUGCAGAACGGGACAUUAUACUAAAACAAAAAUGUCUUCGAUGUUUGCAAAGCUGGAUCCUAUAUGGAGUACCCUUUGAAACGCUUUUCCUUCUCGUUGAUCAUGUCAUAACUUCAUUCCAAUUUGAAUCUACUAAUGAGGCGGCAACAGAAGUUUUAGUGGAAUUUAUUUCACAACCUCGUAUUACUAGCUAUCAGAAUACAGUUUGUGAAAAAAUACUUCAUUGUAUUACUAGUGACUGGGCAAAAAAUCAAAUAACUAAAGCUAUUAAUGAUAGAGAUGAACUUGCUGCAAGAAAUCUUUGUCGAUUGAUGACAACCUUUGGAGACCAAUUUACUAAUUAUAUUGCAAUUAAUUUUUUAAGGCCAGAUAUAUCUGUUUAUUUAGAAAUGAUGUUAAUUAUACCAAUGUACAUUAGUGAGAUGCCUUUGCAGUUCUGGUUUAUGUUACAAGAAUCUUUAUACGAUCUAGAAGUAAUUCCAGUCAUUCCUAAUGCAUCUGGUAAUAAUACUUCUGUAUCAGAAGCUGAAACACCCAAUAUUUUACUCUCAGACUUUCAGCAAAUACGAGAAUCAUCUAUGGUCGUUUUUCGUAGACUAAUAGAGGUUUUACGGUGUAAAGUACAGUAUCCGCCAGAUUCUGAAUGGGCAGAAUGGUCUAAAGAUUUAAAAGAACGAUUUAGGCAUCAUCGAAGGGAUGUUGGUGAUACAAUAAUGAAUGCCUAUUACGUAUUGCGAUCCCAAAUGCUGGAUUUUCUAAUAGAAUUAGCCAUAUCUCAAAUAAAUGCACCAGGAAGAGAUCCAAGUCAGUGGCAGGAUUUAGAAUCUACAUUAUUUUGUAUAAAAUCAAUAGCCGAGGCUAUAGAACAUGGCGAAAACAUUUAUCUAUCACGACUUUUUGGUGCAGAAGUUUAUGGAGUAUUGCCAGUACAAGGUCAUUCAAAGCUAAGAAACACUGCACUUUCACUUAUUGGUUCUUAUGCAGAAUGGUUCAAAAAUAACCCCCAAUACUUAUUAUCUGCACUUAAUUAUCUUAUUCCCGCACUAAGCGAUAUUGAACUCGCUUUAGCAGCUGCAACAGCAUUUAAGGAAAUUUGUGAUAUUUGUCGUGAUUCAUUAGUUAAUGGUAUAGAAGAUCUAGUUAAUAUUUAUAUAGUAGUUGGUCCAAGCAUUGAACCAAGGGAAAAGCAAAAGGUCAUCGAAUCAAUAGCAGAUGUAAUUCAGGUUUUGCCUCCGGAAAAAAUGAUACAACCAUUAUUGACUAUAACGAGAGAUAUUAUCCAAACAAUGAAGGAUGCUAUAGUACUUGGAAAACAGAAUCCUCCUCAAUUUCGGGAAAUAAUUAUCACACAGUUAGAAUAUCUCACAUGUUGUGGACGUGGUAUUCAACCACUCGACGAAGAAUUAAUAAUAAUUGAUGGAAGUGAUUCAGAAAUUAAACGAAAUCAUUUUGCUUUUGAUUUAAUACCAGCUCAAGGUCUGGUUAAUACUUUAUCAGAAAUUAUUCGUGAUAUUGCAGAAAUUUGGUAUCAAGAUAGUGAAGUCGUAGAGUGUCUUUGCAAAUUCCUUAAUACUGGAAUUCGUAUUACACCACAUUUGCUUUCCAUGCCUUUCGAAGUGAUCGUAUUUCUAAUUCAAAUUUCUUUCCAACGACAUCCACACGCUAAUUGGUUAGAAAUUGCAGUUCAAAUAGUGAUUGUAAACGGAUCAAGUUCGAAACACAGCGUCGCUUUGAGAGAUAUGUUAAUCUCCUUAACUUCUACUACUAUACAAAAUAUUAGAAAUCAAACUGAGAUGGAUCAAUAUCCGGAUGUUGUUCAUUCGUAUUUUAUGCUACUCACAGAAAUCCUUAAAAAAUGUCCUUUAAUAUUAUAUUCUUUACAAUCUGAUAUGUUUAAUAGUAUUAUGAAAUUCUCUGUAGCAGGCCUGGGUUUACAGGAAAGAUUAGCUUCGAAUUCUGCGGCGAAUUUUAUGGGAGAAUUCGUAGGACAAAAUUAUGAUGAUAAAGAAUUGGCAGCGGGAAUUGAAAAUGUUAUGAUGACAUAUGGAUUAGAGAUAAUGAGAGAAUUGUUAUUGGGAAUUGGAGGUAAAUUACCACGAUCAUUUGUUAUUUCACUGUCUCAAGUUUUAUUUAAGAUGAUAGGACGUUACAUCGAAGCUAGUAGAGAAUGGUUGAGAACCUUAUUAGCACAGGACAAUUUCCCUUCACCACACGUGAAUCAAAUGACCAAACAAAACUUUGCUAAAGGAAUUCUAAGUACAAGAACUCUUAAACGUUUUCACGAAAUCGUUACUGAAUUUUCAAUUAAAUGUCGAGACCUUGAAGAUUCAGCUUAUGGCUAUACAUAA